GUGUGUUUUAUUUAGUUAAACCUUUAAUGCCAAAUCCUUGUCUCACUUGCUAGUUGAUACGAUGGCGUUCUCUUCCAGCUUUCGCCGUCUCUUUGCCGGAGCCAACAGCCUCUCGUCUUCUCCAUCCUCCUGCGUUCGCCACUGCUCAACUCUUACGUCUCCCAGACUCUUCGUUAGCGGUCUGUCCAGAUUAACAACAAAUGAAAAGCUUCAGGAUGCAUUUGCUUCUUUUGGGGAGCUCGUGGAUGGUAAUGCUACUCUCUCUCCUUAUUCCCAUCAUAUCUCAACAUAUAGAGCCUCAACUCAUAGAUUUUGUUUCGCUGUUGCAGCGAGGGUGAUCACAGACAGAGAAACAGGGAGAUCAAAGGGUUUCGGUUUUGUGACAUAUGCAACAAUAGAAGAUGCAGAGAAAGCCAAGAAAGGAAUGAAUGCAAAGUUCUUGGAUGGUUGGGUGAUCUUUGUGGAUCCUGCAAGACCUAGAGAACCAAGACGGCCUCAGCAGGAAACUCCUCAAUCUUAUUCUGGAUCUGGUUACACAACCAACAAAACAAUCGGCUGGUGUAAAUGAACAAAACCCAACUACUUAUGUAUGAAAUAAAAUUGGAUUCUUGGAGCCAUUCAUCUAUUUGGAGGCAAAAGGCAUAUCCUUUGGAUCUUAAGUUUUAUGUUUUCGAGAUAUCUAUCUAUCUAUCAUAUGAUGCAA